ACAAAACUGUACAAGUACUCGCAACUAGUGCUUGAACCAGUUUACAUACCCAACCAACCCUGCAUCGCUGACAUCGCUGACUUCGUUCUCAUAUGAAUAAGGCUGCAGGCACGUCAAGUCACAUUUACGGCAAUCAUGGAUUGGAUGUGGCAGGAGUAUCAAGCUAAUGUGGCUAAGAUGCCUCACAAUCAACUAGCUGAUGACCACCUAUUCGGCUUCGAGGCCGGUAAUGAUUUCCAACGAUGGUAUAUCGCAGACCUGAUCACGAACGGCUAUGUACCCGAGGAAGACAUGAAAACUCUCUUUCGCCACAGCUUGGCACGUGGUUUCGAACAGUUCAACCAGUUAGUCUCCAGUGCGAAUGCAAUGAGAGAGAAGGCAUCCUACAACAAUCCCCUUGACGGACGAGACACUCUCACUUUUAUUUCCAAGAUUCUCCAACCCAUUAGCUCCUUGGGCGAGCAUUCUAAAGACGAAGCGCAGACAUCUCACCAGCAUCGCAAAGUUUCCAGGCAGAUGUCAAAUAACUGUCAUGACGAGCUAGAUCCAGGCCAAGUCGUCAUGAAGAGCGGAAACGACAAGCAGUCGCCAUUUUGGUCUACCCCUCAGGCAAAGUCGUCUAAGAAACAGAUGGCACAACCGGCAAAUGACAUAAAGCAACGAGAGAAGCAGAAGAGAAAGAAGGACAGAAAGUCGAAGAAGGAGAAAGUUAGAAAAGAAGCGAAGGCUCAGAAGGCGGGUGAGCAUGAGGAGAAUGACAUUACCUCUCACGCCCUACCUAUGCGUCCGGUUCUUGACGGCCAGGCGUCUGUGAGUGGUCCUAGUGUCCUGCGCGAAAUCUCCUCGCCAUUCGUCUCUGCAAUUACAGAAGCAAAGGGGUCAUUGCAGCUCCAACAGUCCUCAUCGACAAGUUUGAGCAAUAUUGGUACGGGUUUGGACAUGACUGAAUCGAGCUUAGGCGCGUCAGAUAAGGGUGACAACUCAGAGGAAAUUAGAGCAGCAUCAGAAAAUGAAGAAAAGAUAGAUCACCUGUCCCAAGCCCGGACCCAAGCCCAAAUCCAACCCCUAAAACGCACAGCGAAGUCACGAUACUUCGAUAACGAAGACUCAUGUCCACCCAAAGCAAAGGUUCCUCGUCCCCCUCGCGGAAUAGUCCCAUGCAUUCCCUUUCCGCGCCUGGACGCCCCAAAGUUCGGUUUAAUUCAAGAAGACCUCGCGAGUGAUCCCUUCCGCCUUCUCAUCGCUGUCACAUUCCUCAUUCGAGUCAAGGGAAAACACGCAUUGCCGGUGUUCCACGAGCUCAUGAGUAUAUAUCCAACGCCAGAAGCCCUGGCAAAGGCGGAUACGGACGACAUUGUAGCGAUGAUCAAGCACCUCGGGCUAGCAACUGUUAGAGCUGCCGCAAUCCAAAAGUAUGCGCGCAUCUGGAUAGAUAAUCCACCUAAAGCCGGGGUCCGGUAUGACGUGAAGAACUAUCCCGCACCUGAUAACAGGGACGAUACCCAGAUGGGCGAGGGCGACUUAUUUAAUUCUAGCAGCACAAGGCCCUCGGCUUGGGAGAUCGGUCACAUGACGCAGGGUAGAUACGCUAUCGACAGCUGGAGAAUAUUUUGCAGGGACGUCCUUCUUGAGCGAGCGGAGGAUUGGAGAGGCAAAGGGCGAGAGGGUGAGUUUCAGCCCGAGUGGAUGCGAGUGCUGCCGGAGGACAAGGAACUCCGGGCUUGCCUUAGAUGGCUCUGGAUGCAGGAGGGCUGGGAGUGGAAUCCGAGAACCGGGGAUCGAGAGAUUCUACCGGAAGCUCUGCGGAAGGCAGUCGAUGAGGGCAGGGUUGGAUAUGACGAUGCAGGAGAACUAAAGAUCGUCAAGGAGGGUUUAUCUUUGUCCAACCAUUCUUAG